AUGAAGUCCGACCUUUUCGCACAAGACCACUAUCGAGUUCUAGGCGUCGAUCGAAAUGCCACCCACGAGACCAUCCGAGAGGCCUACUUGCGGCUGGUCAAGAAGCACCACCCAGACGUCAGCAAGGGCGCCCAGAGCGAAGACCAAUUCAAGGCGAUUGCGUCGGCGUGGGAGGUGAUGGGGGACAAAUCCAAGCGUGCGCUAUACGACGAGAGAAUGGCAGACCCCGCAUUUCGACAUCGGACAGAGUACAGGCAGCGACAAGGAGGGGCCCCGGGAGGGGCUCAGCGCACUGGGGGUCGAAGAUCAUACGCCCCACCACGGGGGCACACCCGAAUGCCACCAAUUUUGCGGGCUUUCGAGCUCGCGACGCACCCUCGAGUGCUCAUGGUCGGCAUUCCUCUAGCUUGUGUGGUGAGUCUUUAA